AUGAUUGACGCCAAAGCAAUCGAGACUGUCCUCGCCAUCUUCCUCCCCCUGAUCCACGCACACCGGCAAAAGACCCCAAAGCCGUUCGUCCUGGGCCUGUCUGGUCUGCAGGGGAGUGGCAAGUCGACAUGGGCUGGGGCUCUCUCCCAGGCCCUGACCACUCAGCACAACCUCAAGACCAGGAUCGUAUCACUGGAUGAUCUCUACCUCGACCAUGCCGAGCUCGUGGCUAUCCGAGAGGCGAACCCGCAUAAUGGGCUUCUUCAGAGUCGAGGACAACCUGGGACUCACGAUGAGAUCUUGGCCAAGGAAUUCUUUACCAAGCUUGGGGACUUUAACACUAAUAAUGGAGGCUCUGUUGCUUGGCCUGCAUAUGACAAGAGUCUUCAUAGUGGCCAGGGAGGGAGGGUUCCUGUGGAGCAGUGGGAGAGAGUACCCCUGGACCAAGGCCUCGACGUUCUCAUCUUCGAAGGCUGGUGUCUCGGCUUCAAGCCCCUAACCAAAGAAGAAACAACCCAAAAAUGGGAGCAAGCCAAGGCAUCUCCCGACUCUUCACUCACCAACACGCUCGCGGACCACGACCUCUCCCACCUCCUCCUUAUCAACGAAAACCUCUCAAGAUACUGCGACUCCUUCACCGGACCACAGCACUUUGACGGGUUUCUGCACCUGAGCACGGAUAAACUUGUUCAUGUUUACGAGUGGAGGCUGGAUCAGGAGAAGGCGCUGAGGAGGCACAAGACUGGCAUGACGGAUGAGCAGGUGACGCAGUUUGUGCGGGGUUACAUGCCGGCUUAUGAGCUGUUCCUUGAGCGUUUGCAGGGUGAGAGUUUCUUUGGGGAUGGGGAGAAGAAGCAUGUGCAGGUUGUUUUGAAUAGAGAUAGGGAUGUGGUUGAGGUGAAGGAGGUGAAGUAG